UGUGUUUUGAAAGACUUGUGCUUGCGGAACGCAUGGGGCACUUUGAUAUGAUGGAGUUUCCAUCAAAAGAAGAGGAAUGGCUUAAAGUAGCAGGAGGAUUUAAAAAUAUGUGGCAAUUUGAAAACUGGUUAGGAGCCGUAGACGGCAAACACAUAGCUGUGAAACAGCCCCCAGGAAGUAGUUCAUACUAUUAUAACUACAAAAGGUUUUUCAGUGUUGUGUUGUUUGCAAUCGUAAAUGCUAAUUAUGAAUUUACUUAUGUAAGUUGUGGAACUAAUGGAAGAAUAUCAGACGGAGGUGUCAUUAAAAAACAGAUGUUUUCAAUUUACUGAGAACAGAUUCUUUGAAAUUACCCCAACCAGUCAAUAUGCCAGGUAUUCAAAAUAAAUUACCCUUGGUAUUUAAUGGAUGACAAAUUUCAUGACGCCAUACAGAAAAACCAACAGUAUUGGUUAUGAAGAAAAGUGUUUCAAUUAUCGACUUUCCCGUGCCAGGCGCGCAUUCGGGAUCAUGGCAAAUAGAUUCAGGAUUCUCCUAAUGCC